AUGAAUAUAGAGCUAUUACGUAAGCGUCAUCCAGCACUCUCUGUUGCACAAAAGACAUCACGACAAGAUCUCGACGGUGUCAAUGGCCUAGCAGGCACUCCUGACAAUGAAUGCAUAAGCAAACAAUCUGAUGAACCAGUGCAGCCAUGUCCCAAAGAUAGACGUGACUUGCCCGUCAUGAGGGAAGGCUUUGGAUACGCCCUUCUGUCAUCUAUGGGCAUUACCGAGGAGACACCGCUGAUUGCAUACGAGGGUAAGAUUUCAAACACAGACUCGUCCUGCUCCUUACCAUCUACAGGCAAUUAG